CGCUUUUAAAUAUUAUGUUCGGAGUGAAUGAAACAAUCCAUCUAUGUUGGUUAGAGAGUGUUGUGGUCGGGAGGAAUGGACGCGCGCAGCAGUGAUGGAUACUCUGUGGACAGAUCCUCAAAGCAAAGGCACUGCAAGUUUUUCACGAUAAACAAAGUUGCUGUUGCCCGAUCCCUGUGCCUGGGCUCAGGGUUCAAGGGCGGGACUGUCUGAACAUGCUUUCAAACAAAUCAUGCGAGAACAUUACCAAUAUCGAUGUGAAUGGGAAUCCGGUGUUAAGCACUGUGAUGUUCAUCGCUGGGGUGGUGGGCAACCUGAUGGCUUUGGCUAUCCUGGGAGUCCACCGAAAAGAGCAUCGCACCAAGUCUUCGGUCUUUUGCAUUCUUGUGACAGGUCUGGCGUUGACAGAUCUGCUGGGAACAUGUUUGCUCAGUCCACCGGUUUUCAUCUGCUAUGCCCAAAGAAAAUCCCUGGUUGGUCUUACGGGAGAUUGGUGGCUGUGUUGGCUCUUCGCCUUUGCCAUGACAUUCUUCGGCUUGGCCUCUAUGCUCAUACUGUGUGCAAUGGCGGUGGAGCGGUGCCUUGCCAUCAGUCACCCAUAUUUCUACUCUAAACACGUGCGGCGAAGCUUUGCCAAGAUCGUCCUUUUCCUCAUCUAUCUCUUUACCUUUAUGUUCUGCUUGCUGCCUUUCUUUGGAUAUGGACAGCAUAAGCAGUACUGCCCAGGCACAUGGUGCUUCAUCAAGAUGGAGGUAGAAGGAGAGAGUGAGGAUGAGAAGAGGAGAACACUGACCUUCUCGCUGUCCUAUGCUGUGCUUAUGGCGCUGCUCAUCGCCAUUGUGUUCUUGUGCAAUGGUUCGGUCAUCGUCAGCCUAUGCCGCAUGCACAGGAGCCAGCUGACACGUCGGGGAUCAGUUGUGUCGGCUGGACGAAAGAGGAGGCUGAGCACCUGGUUUGGACAGGGAGAGGAGGAAAUGGACCACUUACUGCUGCUGGCCUGCAUGACUUUCAUCUUUGUCAUUUGCUCCUUGCCGCUGACUAUCUGUGGCUUUGUGAACGCUAUUAGCUCGGUUGGGAAUGAUCAGCAGAACCUAAUGGCUUUCCGGUUCUCUGCAUUUAACCCCAUCUUGGACCCCUGGAUCUUUAUCAUCUUCCGUAAGGCGAUCUUUCACCACAUCCGGGCAUUCUUCCGCUGCUGCUUCCCUAGAGACUCAGUGAAGACCACAGCUCAAAACUCCCUGUCCUUCCCCAUGGAAGCUGGAGAUGCUAAACACAGCUCCAACAUCCAGACUAAGAAACUUAGUCUACUGCAGCCUCCCCCAGUGAGGCCUUGAUGAGCAUGGAUGCACUUACAGUAUGAUGGCGUGUAAUGAGAUAUAAGAAGGACGAUGAGACCUAGAAGCCUGAAAACACUGCUUCAAUGUAGCUAGUGGUACUAUAUAAAAGCAUGGAUGUCAAAGGACCUGUUUCCUCUCCAUUAGCGAUGGAUGGGAAAUAUUUUGUAAAAAUGUGCACCGAUGCUCA